AUGGAUUUUGAACCUCAAUUCAAAUCAAAUAUUGAAACAUUAAUAAAAUCAUAUGGAACUUGGUUUGAAAAGAACUUGAAUGUGAAACAAAAAAUCAUCACUCUAAAUGAAAUUUGGAAUCUAAAAAAAGCAACACAUUGUAAUUUUAAUCAUUGUCAUGGACUUUCAAUACAAUUAACUAGAAUAUCAAUAAUAUCACAAACUAUUGAAUAUCUUUCAAUAGAUAAUAGUGAUAAUGUUAGAAAUUUAACUCAAUUAAUCUAUUACACACCGAAACUUCAACGAUUAAAUUGGAAUUUAAAAUAUUCAUCAGGCAAUGAACCAUUACUUAUUUCAAUGCCAUCGAUAAUUUCAUUAGAAUUUUGUUGUUGCAUUACGAAUGAUCGAUUAAAAACUAUUUUACAACAUAUGCCUAAUUUAUGUUAUUUAAAAUUAAAUCUUAUUAAUAUUUAUUUAAAUGGAUAUGAAUGGGAAAAUUUAUUUAGUCAAUCAAAUUUAGGUAUUAUUUAUACAUUACCUUAUGCAUUUAAUCAUAUUUUUUAUUUGAAUCAAUAUUCAUCAAAAUCUACUUGUCCAAAUGAACAUUACUAUUGGUCAUAUGAUAAUGUUAACAUAUUUGAAUAUAUCAAUGGUAAUAAUAUGUUUAUUAAUGAUUUUAUUAAUUUUCCUAUUCAUUUAAAUUAUAUUCGAGAACUGGAUAUUGCUCUUCCGAUUAAUAAUUAUUUUUGGUCAAUUAUUUCAUCAUGGAAUCAAUUGAUUUCACUUAAUAUAAUUAUUAAUGGAGAUGACGAAAAUGUUUAUUUUCAAUUACAACAAUUAUUUGAUCAAACACCAUGUCUUUAUUCAUUGAAAUUUUCCAAUUGGAAUGAUUUGAAUAUGAUAUUAUUUCAAAAAUUAAAAAGUAAAUCAAUUCGUCGACUUCAUUUUAUUGAAUUGCGUGCAUCAUAUCGUCAAUUUUUUAAUCGUAAUGAAUGUUCUGCAUUAAUUAAUUCAAUAUUGGGAAAACAAUGUGAAGUUUUAAUUGUUUCUGUUAGCAAUCAAACAUUGGCUAUUGAUAUUGCUGAAAAUAUGAUAAAACUUCGAAGUUUAAUUAUUAAAUGUCAAACUAACAAACCAUCUCGAUUGAAUUUCCCGUCAAGAAAUAAUAUAUUUGUUCAAUGGAAAUAA